UGUCACUGUUAGACGCAAAUAUUUGACUGUGCUGCAGUACCAGUCAUUUUCUCUUUUUGUAGCUAAAUAACUUCUCAGCAAACAUGACGAAACUGUCAGAGGGUGCGAUAGAGGCUCUGUCAAAUGGAAACGGUGGCAACGACGCAGUGCUUCAGUUGGUGAACAUCCGCAAGAUUGAUGGGGGAAACGGUCCAGCUCGCUUUCGGGUGAUGAUGAGUGAUGGACAGCACAGUCUGUCGUCCUUCAUGCUGUCCACCCAGCUGAACUUCAUGGCAGAGGAGAACAAACUGGCCCCAAACUGCAUCUGUAUCCUCAAGAGGCAUGUGACCAAUAUACUGAAAGAUGGACGACGUGUGGUAAUCAUUUUGGAAAUUGAUAUCAUCAAGUCUGCUGAAGAUGUUGGUGGGAGAAUCGGAGACCCCACACCUUACUCUGAAGGUCAGAAUAAAGGCACAAAGCCGGCUCCAAACCCUGUAACCCGCCCUCCACUGCAGGCACAAAAUACAAAUGAAGGGAACAGAGGAUUCAAUAGAGAUUUUGGGAAGAAGGCCUCGUCAGCUAUGCCCAGUACUCCUGGGGGUAGCUCCAAAGUUGUGCCCAUUGCCAGCCUCAACCCCUACCAGUCCAAGUGGACAAUUCGUGCUCGUGUAACCAACAAGAGCAGUAUCCGUACAUGGAGCAACUCUCGUGGUGAUGGAAAACUUUUCUCAAUGGAGAUUGUGGAUGAGAGUGGAGAAAUAAGAGUGACUGGUUUCAACCAAGAGGUGGACAAGUUCUUCAGCCUUAUCGAGGUUGGCAAGGUCUACUAUAUCUCCAAGGGCUCCCUAAAGAUCGCCAACAAGCAGUACACAUCAGUGAAGAAUGACUAUGAGAUGACACUCAAUGGAGACUCCAGUGUCAUCCCCUGUGAAGACAGUUGUGAUGUUCCCAUGGUGCAGUGUGACUUUGUCUCCAUCAGUGACCUGGAGAACAGAGAAAAGGACGCCAUUGUUGAUGUGAUUGGAGUGUGCAAGACUGUGGAUGAGGUGACCCGUCUCACUACCAAGACAAACCGUGAGGUAUCCAAGAGGACACUCAAUCUGAUGGACAUGUCUGGGAAGGUGGUGUCUGUCACACUGUGGGGAGAGGAAGCAGAAAAGUUUGAUGGCUCUGGACAGCCAAUUCUAGCCAUUAAAGGGGCGAAGCUCUCAGACUUUGGAGGUCGGUCUCUCUCUGCAUCCUUCAGCAGCACCAUGAUGAUCAACCCAGACAUUCCUGAGGCAUAUAAGCUCAGAGGCUGGUAUGACAGUGAGGGUCAUGCCAUGGAUGGACAGUCUCUGACAGAGAUGAAAGGUGGCAGCGGGGGAGGAAACACCAACUGGAAGGCUUUAUCUGAUGUUAAGAAUGAGCACCUGGGACAUGGAGACAAGGCAGACUACUACUCCUGCCUAGCUACCAUAGUGUACCUGCGCAAGGAAAACUGCCUUUACCAGGCCUGCCCAAGCCAAGACUGCAACAAAAAAGUGGUAGACCAGCACAAUGGCAUGUUCCGCUGUGAAAAGUGUGACAAAGAGUUCCCUAACUUCAAGUACCGCCUCAUCCUUUCUGCCAACAUUGCAGAUUUUGGGGACAACCAGUGGGUGACUUGCUUCCAGGAGAGUGCAGAGGCCAUUCUUGGCCAGAAUGCAGCUUACCUGGGGCAGCUCAAGGAGUCGAAUGAAGCUGCUUUUGACGAAAUCUUCCAACAAGCCAACUUCAACACUUUUGUUUUCCGCACCAGAGUGAAGCUAGAAACAUAUAACGAUGAAUCCAGGAUCAAGGCUACAGUUAUGGAUGUGAAGCCCGUUGACCAUAAGGACUACUGCAAGAGGUUGAUCAUGAACAUCAGGAAAAUGGCUGCUCAAUAGGAAGCUGUGAUCGAAGCCAAGUGUUAAGUUUCUUUUGUUUCUGUACAGCCAACAAAUAGCUCUAAAUGUACGAUAUUUUGUCUUCAUAUCAAUUGUGUGUAGUUUCUUUGUUCUUUCUUUUUUACUACCCUUUGAAUGAGUAAUACUCAAAGUACUGAUGGAUUACUAGUGGAGGGACAGUUCACCUUUCCUUUGUGAAAUAAUGAUCAGUGGCCUGUUUGUGGAAACUGUUUUUUUGUUGGUGAACAUAACAGACAUGGGUUUUUUUCUUUUUUGAUAUUUGGGGAUAUGAACAGAGAGUGGGUCAGUAAGGCACAAAAUAAAUCAUCACUGUCUGUCUUAAGUCAGCCAGUUGUUACUGCAUGCACUGUGGUCAUGUGGGGGAUGGUAGUUGCUUUAAGCAGAAGACCAGCACAGUAGCGAGCACUCUUUUUACCCUCUGACGCGCACUCAAAAUGACUGGGCUGGACCUGCACACCCCUGAUAAGACCAUUUAUUCUUGACUAUUUUUUUGCGUGCUCUCUCAUAUACUUGCAAACAUAAGCACAUAUACACAUGCACAGUGCAGACCUGGUGGAAAAUGUACUGCCUUCUAUUUAAGUAGAUACAAGAUGUUCAUGUUUUCAAUGCCUGGAACUUCUGUAGUUCAGUCUCUUUUUUUUUUUAGUUAUAAUAAAUAUUGAAAAUAAAGAUGUUUG